CUGCCGCCACUUUGAGGCAGGAGGGAAGAGUGAGGAGGUGGGGAGAGAGAGAGAGAGAGAAAGUGCGAGAAGGAGGUUGAUGGGAAGUGUAAGAGUCCACCCAUGUGCGCAUAAAGUCAGCCUUCAGUCAAUACAACUUUUGUGUCGUCAGCAGGUCAGAGGUGAUUAUGUCGAAACGUUCGUCCAACGUAAAGGCCCUGCAGGCUAAUCUGAACAUCCCGAUGGGAGCUCUGCGUCCGGGGGCGGGACAUCCUGUGAGGAGGAGAGAGGAGAUGGCAGACACACCUGAGGCCCACUCGCCGACGGAACAGCCGACCGACGCCACGCACACGGCGCAGGAAGAAAAAAAGAUUUUGCCCGGCGCCGUCAAAUUGCCAGGACCAGCCGUCAACCUGUCGGAGCUCCAGAACGUCAAGAGCGAAUUACGAUGGGUCACCAAAGAAUAACGUAAAGGUCAGCAGCACAUUUCUGCGAGAAUCAAGUGCAAAUGCGCAUAUAAACAGCCUCAGUAUGGCAUUUUGAAAUCUUUUUUGUCAAGUGUCAAAACUGGACAAAAGUGACCCAUAGGGUUUCAAUAAUAAGCUAAAAACGGGUUUGCUGUGACGUUCCUUUCCACACGGGAGCAGUGUGGUCUGUUCCACUUGCUUCACGUUGUGCGGCAGGCCAGGCUGAGUCAGGUGCUAUUUGUAGCUCCCCAAAAAAAAAAACAAGCGUGUCACAUGAAAGUGUGUGUUUUGACCCUCUGCUGCAACUAAAUAAGGUCAGCCGAGUAUUAAGAAAGACUCUGUGAUGUAAUAAGUACGUGAAUUGAAUUCCACAUCAAAAAUGAGCAUUCAGAUGUUUGUAAAGGUGUCUUAUUAUUAUUAUUAUUAUUAUUAUUUUUUGUCCAUUAGAACGAGCUUCCAGGUGGCGGCGAAGGACGAACGACACUUCCUGGUUACCGCGGCGGCGGCGGCGCUACAAAACCACAAUCGCAUCAUAACAUCAACAAAUUUGUUUGGCCUGUUGUUGUUGACUUGCUGCUAAACUCGAGCAUAAUUCAUCCGCUGCGAUCCCAACCGAGAGACCGACGUGAUGCGUUUCCGUCGCGGAGAUGGAGCGAGUUAAGCCUAACUCAAGUUUUUGGGUGGGCCUUUUCAGUCUAUGAAGAUGAACCACAAGAGACUCUUUCUUCCUCCGUUCUUAGAAAAAUAUUCAACGGUCAUCAACGUCAUAUCUUGUAGGUCAGCGUGUUCGACUUUUUUGCAUUCUUUUUGUGUUGUUCUCAUCCACGGGGGCAAUAAAUCAUUUUAUUCUAAUUG